AUGUGGAACGAAAAGAGCGGUAGCAGAGAUUACCAGUCUUCGUCUUCGUCCAUCUCUCGUUCCUUCUUCUCGCACUUCUGCUCAUCUGCUCUCAGGACCAAAGCCCUACCUUCUCCUUCGGAGGCCUCGGUCCGAGCGGUCAACGGCGAUGGCCUUAUUCGCCGUCUCGGCCUGUUUGACCUCAUUCUCCUCGGCGUUGGCGCUUCGAUCGGCGCCGGAAUCUUCGUCGUCACCGGCACCGUAGCUCGCGAUGCUGGUCCCGGAGUCAUAUUUAGUUUCAUCCUUGCUGGAGCAUCUUGUUUCCUCAAUGCACUUUGCUAUGCUGAGCUAGCUUCUCGUUUUCCUGCUGUUGUUGGGGGAGCAUACUUAUAUACAUACACAGCUUUCAAUGAGCUUACUGCAUUUCUAGUUUUUGCACAACUGAUGAUCGAUUACCAUAUUGGUGCAGCUAGCAUAGCAAGAAGCUUAGCGAGCUAUGCAGUUGCAAUACUAGAGCUGUUUCCCCUCUUCAAGGAUAACAUACCAAACUGGAUUGGACAUGGUACUGAGGAUUUUUUGGGGGCCAUAUCUAUUAAUGUAUUAGCCCCAAUUCUCCUGGCACUUCUUACAAUAGUUCUAUGUCGGGGAGUUGGCGAAUCUUCUGUUUUAAAUUCUGUUAUGACUAUAACCAAGGUAGUCAUUGUGCUGUUUGUUAUACUUGUUGGGGCUUUUGAGGUUGAUGUUUCAAAUUGGUCUCCUUUUGCCCCAAAUGGCUUUAAAGCUGUACUCACAGGAGCUACUGUAGUCUUUUUUGCGUAUGUUGGAUUUGAUGCAGUUGCUAAUUCAGCUGAGGAAUCUAAGAGACCACAGGCAAGAUUCAAUCAGAUGAAUUUAAUGUCCAUGGCAGUUAGGGACUUACCAUUGGGGAUCAUGGGGAGCCUUCUCAUUUGUGUUGCAUUAUAUAUUGCCGUUUGCCUAGUGAUAACUGGAAUGGUCCCCUACUUGUCCCUUGGGGAAGAAGCUCCUCUGGUUGAAGCUUUCAUAUCCAAGGGCUUGAAAUAUGUGUCCGUGCUAAUCAGCAUUGGUGCCGUUGCUGGCCUUACUACUACCCUUCUUGUUGGUCUCUAUGUUCAGUCUCGGUUAUACCUUGGGCUUGGAAGGGAUGGUUUACUGCCUUCCAUCUUUGCUAGGGUACACCCAGUACGCCACACUCCUGUGCAGUCACAAGUCUGGGUUGGUAUUGUUGCCAGCGUGUUGGCAGGACUGUUCAAUGUACAUGUCCUCUCACACAUUCUUUCUGUUGGUUCAUUGACUGGCUAUUCUGUCGUUGCAGCAUGUGUGGUAACCCUUCGCUGGAAGGAUAAGACUGCAAGUGAAGUUUCUAAGAAUUGGACCUCAAACUGGAGGGAAGGUGUUCUUUGCUUAAUCAUAAUUGCCUGUUGUGGUUUUGCUGCUGGAAUCGUCUACCGUUACAGUUAUUCAUUUAUUUUUCUGGUUGUGGCUGUUAUUGUUGCAACCUUUGCUGCUGGUUCUCUUUAUAUCCGUCAAGUUUACGUGGAUCCACCAGGUUUUUCUUGUCCAUGGGUUCCAAUUGUGCCAGCUAUUUGCAUCUUUUUCAACAUUUUCUUGUUUGCUCAGUUACACUAUGAAGCGUGGGUGAGAUUUGUUGUCCUCAGCAUUUUGAUGGUUGGAAUAUAUGCAUUUUACGGGCAGUAUCAUGCCAAUCCUGCAAGCUCAAAUGAGACAAUAAUUUACCACAGAGUAACUGCAGAAGAAACUCACUAG